GAAAAAUUUGAAAUUACAUACACCAGCAAAUUGUUAUCCAUUCCAACAUGUACUUGCAUAUUAGUAUACUUUGGUAUAAUAGUGAUACCAUUUGUACUAGUUUUCGCUUCUGAAAGUAUUCAACUGACUAAUAAGACUUCUGGAUCAUGGUAUCCACAUUAGAAGAAUAAUUAGACAUAGAAUAUUAAGGAUUUCACUUUGUUAACAUUAUUACAUCAGAUGAUUUAGUGUACCAUUUCACAAAUUAAAAAUAUAAAAAGAUAGAAGGCUCUGAAUAAUUACUAUCAUCUUAAUAUAUGUCAUUAUAAGGAUCAAAGAUUUCAGUAAAUAUAGAUGAUUAUUUAUAUAGGCAUUAAUAGAUGACUUAAAUGCUGAUAAUAUUCCUGAGUAACUAAACUUUGAUUUGUAAUUAUUUACAGAUGCAAACAAGAUUAAAUAGAUAACUAUAUUGUUGCCUUUGAAAUGCUAUUUUGCAAGUUUGCAUUUCUAAUUUGAUUGUUAUUUAUACUUCUAAGAAUCAGAAAUAAUAGAAGGAUAAGGUUUAUCACAAUUAUAAAUAAUGGGUGAAAUCAAUUUUUAUUAAUAAGAACCUUUACCAUCAAGGUAUAUUGUUUAAUUUUUUGAAUAGUAAUUUUGAUAUUGAUUAUUUCUCUGAAAUUUAAGUUGAUGAUAAUUUGAAUAGUUAAUGGAUGAGUGAAAUGCUUAAAUAAAUUUAUUCAAGAAGUUAUUAGAUUCGUUAAAGAUGUAUAAAUAGAAAGAUAGGAGGGAAUUCUUAAAAACAAUUAAACGUAAAUAUAAAAUUAGACAAUAAUAAAAUACAAAUAAUUUAAAGAUGGGUGAGUUUGCUUGCAAUAAUGAAAUUAGCAUGGCUCUAAUAUUUUUCUGUAUUCAUAAUAAUUUGGAUAAUAGGAAGAGAGUUUUUGAUAUUCUUAUUUAGAUUCAGAAUAGUUGAUACUUAGAAAGUGGAAUAAUUAUGA